AUGACUUCCAAUUAUUGGGUUUCAACUCAGUGUAAUCACUGGAUUUUAAAUCAAACUCAAUUGGCAAUUGCAAGGGCAGAAGAUCUUCAUUAUGCUGCAAAUCCGGAAGAAUAUACGGCGUUGAGGAUUUGGCUUAUCAACUGUAUUUGCUUACUCACAAAAAGAUUAUCAUUACGUCAACGAAUCACCGCUACUUCAAUCGUCUUUUUUCAUCGAUUUUAUUCUUGCUCUCCGGCCAAUUCUUUCUCUUCUACUGAUCCCUCUUUAGUUGCAACUGCUUGUGUGUAUGUGGCUUCAAAAGUGGAAGAAACGCCGGUUCACAUUCGCAAUGUGGUACAAGAAGCAUCUAAGUUAUGGGCUGAGCUAGGACACUGGAAGUUUCCCAAUGAUGUUUCAUCGUUGGCAGAGAUGGAAUUCUACCUUUUGGAGGACUUGCAAUUCCACUUGAUUGUUUAUCAUCCAUAUAGAAGCUUGAUGGCCAUUCAUUCUUCUUCCGGUAAAGGUGCUACCAAAUUCGACCUGAAAAUGACCGCCUCACCUACAUGGACCAGCUUGAUCGGAGCGGCGCAAAAUGCCAGUGCGACAUCAAAUGCUUCGGGAUCAGGCCAAGGCCCAGUGGGAAGUGGUGAUCUUGGAGGGCCGUCAGGUCUGAUUGAUCCGGAAUUGGCUUAUGGAAGCCCGGGAUCGGGAUUGUCUGGUAAGAGUGCCGAUUCAGCCAAAGCACCAAUGAAUGGAGAUGCAGAAAAGAUACGACAACUCGAUCGACAAUCACAAAUUCGUAUGGCGUGGUUCGUACUAAAUGAUACAUACAGGACCGAUGUGCUGCUAUUGUAUCCGCCUCAUCUUGUCGCAGUUGCGGCCAUAUUUCUUGCUUUCGUUUUACACGACCCAACGCGCGAAAGACUAAUGCGAAGUAAGAGGAUCAUGGACGAUCGCAGAGAACGAUACAAGACAAGCAUGUUGCACCCUCGUGAGAGCAAGAAUAAAUCAGCGACUCUAGCAAAAACACAGGAAAUGAGUGCAAGUAAUCCACCCGUUCCGCCACCUGAUGCGAUGACAUUUUUGGCUGCUUUGAAUGUUGAUUUAGGUGCGGUUGGGGAGAUUGUACAGGAAAUGUUGGGACUGUAUGAUAUUUGGCAUAAAGUUGGAAAUAAUGCAGGAAAUGGACCGGAGAUGUUUCGUAGAUUGACAAAGAUGCGGGAAAGACGUAGGGAAGAUUUAUUGAAGAACGGAGCGGGAAUGUGA